AUGGACGCCAUGCUUCAAUUCGUAGAGGGUAUCGAAUAUCUGCACAGCAAGCAGAUAGCACAUAUAGACAUCCAUCGGGACAACCUGGUAGUGGGGACCUGCGAUACCGCAGCCAAGCACGAGAGCGUCGUCAAGAAUCGAAUAUACAUCAUCGACUUCGAUACGUCGCGUCAGUUCUCGCUCGGCCCUGGCGUUCAACAAGCAAUCACUCUCCCCGGCACGGUCCAGGUCCCGCCGAAUGGCCUAACGUCCUUCGACCCGUACUCAUGGGACGUGUACUGCAUGGGGCGUACAUUAGAACAAGUUAUCAGGCUCGUUGUCUUACAAGGAGCACGUCGCGGACAGGACGUGUAUCAGAGAGACGAGCCGCCUCACUGGAUCGCGCAGAAGUACAUCCAGUGGCUGGUUGGGAACGAACGGCUCGGAGGCUGCACUGGUGUAUGCCGCUGCCGACCCACCGCGCGUGCUGCACUGCGAGUCCUAGUGGUUCUCAGAUGGGCGGUUUAUGCGGAACACGAAUAUCCCGGGAUCAUCGAGACGCUGUCAUCCUCAAUCUCGACUCGUUGA